GCUACGACUGGUAAUCGGCGGUCUCGCUGCGAGGUCGAAGUCUGAUAUCGAGAAGUUAAAGGGGCUUCUCAGUGCUGAGUUUGAGAUGAAGGAUUUGGGAGCUGCUCAGAAGAUCUUGGGUAUGGAGAUUUACAGGGACAGAUCGAAGAAGAAGCUUUUCUUGUCACAGAAGAGCUACAUCCAGAAGAUACUGUCGAGGUUUGGCAUGUCUUCAGCAAAGCCCUUAAAUACUCCUAGUGCUUCAAAUAUUCAUCUAUCCUCAGCUUAUGCACCACAGUCGGAGGCUGAGAAGGAGUACAUGUCGAGAGUCUCAUAUGCUAGUGCAGUAGGUAGCUUGAUGUACGCUAUGGUAUGCACUAGACCUGAUCUUGCACAUGCUGUUAGUGUUGUCAGCAGGUUUAUGAUACAACCUGGGAAGGAGCAUUGGCAGGCUGUGAAGAGGAUCUUUCGGUACCUUAAGGGUACACCUGAUGUGGGGAUUAGCUUCGGAAAUGAUACAGAGUGCUUGGUGUCUGGGUAUUCUGACUCGAACUAUGCUGGAGAUGUUGACACGAGGAGAUCGAUGACUGGUUAUGUAUUCACUCUUGGGAGUUUUGUAGUGAGCUGGAAGGCAACUUUGCAGUCGGCAGUGACAUUGUCUACUACUGAGGCAGAGUAUAUGGCGUUGACAGAAGCUGCUAAGGAGGGAAUAUGGUUGAAGGGACUGGUUGGUGAUCUUGGUCUACAUCAUGAUCAGGCAGUGGUGUAUUGCGACAGUUUGAGUGCAAUAUGCUUGACCAAGGAUCAAGUCCACCAUGAGAGGACUAAGCACAUCGACGUGAGGUAUCAUUUCUUGAGGACAUAGAAGAGGAUUAAGGUGAAGAAGGUCGGCACCGCGGAUAAUCCUGCUGAUAUGUUCACGAAGCCGGUUCCACAUGGCAAGUUCCAACACUGCUUGGACUUGCUGAAUGUCUUGAGUGGGUGACUCCGCCCUGCGGGGCAUUGAUGGCGGGAGAGAGAGAUAGAAGGAGCAUAGUACAUCAGAGAUUUCAGAGGAAGAGGAUUCAAGUCAAGGUGGAGAUUUGUUGAUAUGACUUGAAUCGGAUUAUCAGCCGCUACGACUGGUAAUCGGGGGUCUCGCUGGCUCUCUCUCGCCCGUGGACGUAGCUAACACACAUCGUGUUAGUGAACCACGUAAAUCGUGUGUCGUGUUUUCGAUUCUCGCUUUCGUAUUCUUGCUUUGUCGAUUCCUGCGAUUUCCCGAUCCGUAGCAGCGCGUUUAUAACACACGCUAUCGAUCAACUGCCACAUGUUCCUCCACCGUUUCCCCAGUAGGCUGCUGUAUCUCGCCGCUUCGUUCAUUGUGGUCGCCGACCGCGAAAGGAUCCCCACCGCUAACUCAUCCGGCAGUUUCGAGAAUUGGUCGGUUGUUGCUUCUUCGCCGCCGCCGCCGACCACCGGUGUCGCCAUUCCCAAGUUGUUCCUUCUUCUCUUUCUGCCUUGUUCCGCUUCAAAGAUCGACAUGCUGCCUUGUUCCGCCAAAAGACAUGACCUCCAGCCCCAAACCUUACUUUUAUAUGUCCAGGCGGAAGAACAUGUUUCGUGUCCUUUUAUUUGUCCCUCUUAUACUCUUUUUUUUUUGUCCUUUUCAUCCUCGAACUCGGACACUGACGUUAGUGCGUUGGAUCGCAUAAUUCCGUGAUCAUAGCCGUUGGAUAAUAUUUUGGCUAGGCCAUUUUUCUGACUGCUAAAGUACUCAGAUCAGGGAAAGACUGGUAUAAGAAGGAAAGUCCCAUAAACCCAUAGUGACCUAAAUUUUUCAGCUCUUCUUCUUUCCUUGAUCUGAUAAUCCAAUUUGUCAGACACUCUGUUCAUGAUCUUCUACAUUUGAAUGUACAGAAGAGUCAUUAUCUCCAGACACAGAGCCACACAAUUCCUUCCAGAUAGGAACCAGCAUCUUCAAAGGCAGGUGCAACUCCUGAACAACCAAAGUCCAAGUCAUCGCUCAAUACCAUGUACAAUAAAAAAAACUCUGAAACACUAAAAUUGUUACCUGGAAGAUGGCAAUUCAUCUAAACUAUUCUAGAUGCCAUAACUAUCACCAAAUGCCAGAACUUGUAUUCAUACCUUGAAAACCGGAGUCAGUUCUUCUUCCUUAAGCAAAAUCAGAGACAGAACCCAGUAAGAAGUGACCGGAUUCACAUGCUCUAGCAGCAAUGGCUUCAGAAUCGUGCUCACUGGCACAAAGCGGCGUGAUAUUCUUCCACUGCCCAGCAGAUAAUACCAAGUAGAGAAAGAAACAGGCCAGGAAGGUCCACAGUGAAUCUAAUAUCGACAAGCUUCCACUGAAAUUCUAAUCAAAAUGGCAUGGCUGUGUUUGUUUUCAUUUGAAAGAUGGAGGCUUGCAAAUAGAAGCAAAUCUCAGACCCUACUUCAACAUCAGCCAGCUUCCACUUUCUCAUUUUCGAAUUCACUUGCUAAGAGGGCCCAAAAAUGAAACUCGGAAGGCCAAAUAUCAGAACUUAUGUGCACACCUUUUAUAAUGUGUUUCGAGUUGAACCCCGAAAUGUGGCAUGAUCAUAACUGACUCUGCAAGUGUCAAUCAGUGCAAGUCACUAGCAAACAGGAUAUAGAGUUCAAGAAAAAAAGAAUGAUGCUUUGUAGGACAAGAGGCUGAUUUCACUUCUUCUCACCUUUCAGAACAGACUUCCCGAUACCAAGUUUGAGAAGGAUUGAACUCAACAGUAAACUCCACAAAAGAGC